GCUCUACCCUUACCCAAACGAUCUUCUGUACUCUUAUAUUGUUCCAAUGAACCUGAUCUAAUAUCGUCGGACGCGACAGCUAACAGUCGAGAUGUCUCACCGCUCAGCACUUGCUCAGCUUCGAGCUCAGCGUGCUGCUGGCAAGACACGCCUCGAGACCUACCAAGUCGAAGAUCAGGGUGCCAUCUACGACGAAGUCGACGAAGAUGGCUACAAGAAAGUGGUACGAAGCCGCCUUGACAAAGACGAUUUUGUCGUCGAUGACAAUGGCGAAGGCUACGCGGAUGACGGUCGCGAAGAGUGGCAGAAUGAACGCCAGCAUUACAGCAGCGACGAGGACGAGGACAUCCCACUUAAGGGCAAAGCUGGUAAACGAAAACGGGAGGAGGAACGCGAGAACCAACACAAGGCGAACCACAAGAUCAUGACAUACUUCACCAACGGCCCUGUUGCAGCUCCAAAGCCAAAGAUUCAAACCACGGCCGAGGAUGAGGCCUUCAUGGCUGACCUUCUGGGUGAAGUUGACGCGAACAUCCUACCGAGCCGUGUACCCACGAAGAAACCUGUCAAGUCCGAGAACCGUAGGAAAGUCAGGGUGCUGUCCCCUCCUUUGACUCAAGAACGACCACGUUCAAAAUAUCAAGCUCCUGAAACUGAACUCAUCGACACACCUCCUGCUGUCCACGAUGACGGCGACAAUCUCCCGAACUACGAGGAUGAUAACAUCAUGAGCGACCCUCUGCCUUCGUCUCCUGUCGUCAAAGCCAUUGAGCGUAAAGCAAAAGUGCAAGUGAAAGAGGAGGAUGAGGACGAAGACAUGAUGGAGAUUGCUCAAGUCGUUGCACAUGCAGAGGUCAAGUCUGCCAGUGUCAAUAUGAAGGGCAGCCGACCUCCGCCCAAGAUCAAGCAACUUCCAACACCUCAGAAUUCGUCCCCUCCAAUGCCUGCGGUCAAUGAGGUAGACGCAUCUUCCUGGAACACAAUUACCAGCAAGCUCAGUGUGCAAAGCAGUCCAUCAUCCGAGACACAUAUCUUUGGCAAGAUGAAGCCCCAGGACGCAGUCGAGGAAGACGGCAGCUUGCGUUUCUUCUGGCUCGACUAUACGGAGGUCAAUGGCAGUCUUUGUCUGUUCGGCAAAGUGAAGCACAAGACGACCGGACAGUACCUCAGUGCCUUUGUCAAGGUAGACAACAUUCUCCGAAAGCUUUUCUUCCUCCCCAGGAAAUUCCGACAUACCAAUGGUCGCGAAACCGACGAGGAAGUUGAAAUGGACGAUGUGUACGGAGAGGUUGAUACUCUGAUGUCCAGGUUGAAGGUCACGACCAGGAAGGUAAAACCUUGCACCAGAAAGUAUGCCUUCGAACUUCGCGACGUGCCCAAAGAAUCAGACUAUCUGAAACUCCUUUACCCGUACGACAAGAAUCCAUUACCAUCGGACACACAAGGAGAGACGUUCUCGCGUGUAUUUGGUACGAACACCGCCUUGUUCGAACAGUUUGUGCUUUGGAAGAACAUCAUGGGUCCUUGCUGGCUGAAUAUCGAGGACGCCGACUUCACUGCGGUCAACAACGCUUCAUGGUGCAAGCUUGAGUGCGCCGUCGCCAAACCCGCCAACAUCACAGUCCUGAAAGAGUCUGAGAGCAUGGAAACGCCGCGGCUGACUCUCAUGUCUCUGUCUUUCCGAACCCAGCUAAACGUGAAGGAGAACAAGCAAGAAAUCCUGAUCGCAAGUGCGAGAGUCUACGACAACGUCUCUCUGACCGACACCACACCGCCAGAGAAGAUGCCCUCGAGGACAUUCACAGUCAUGCGACCUGCUGGUUCAGCAUGGCCUUUGGGGUUCGAGGCUGAGACUAAAAAGCAAGCUGGCACUUUCAUGCUUGAAAAGAGUGAACAGUUCCUACUCAGCAAGUUCCUUGCCCUGUUCGAAAAGGUCGAUCCAGACGUUCUCAUUGGUCAUCAGCUCCAAGAAGUUGACUAUAGCAUUCUUCUCAGUCGUCUCAAGGAGAAAAAGACGCCUGGGUGGCAUAGAAUUGGCCGGCUGAAGCGAAGCGACUGGCCAAAGACUUUUGGGAAAGGCGGUUCCUCGUUCUUUGCAGAGCGACAGCUCAUGGCUGGGCGACUCAUGUGCGAUUUGGCCAACGACAUGGGCAAGUCUCUGAUGACCAAGUGCCAGCAAUGGAGCUUGACAGAAAUGUGCGAACUAUACCUCGGGCCAGAAACCCCCCGACGUGAUCUGGACAACGAAGCGGCCUUGAAAACGUGGGCAAUGACUCGUGACGGCCUGCUCAACUAUGUCAAUCACUGCCAUGCCGAUACCUUCUUUGUUGCAGCACUUGCUUUGAAGUUGCAGAUGCUCCCACUCACCAAAGUUCUUACAGAACUUGCCGGUAACUCAUGGGCGCGUACCUUGAGUGGUACGAGAGCGGAACGAAAUGAGUACAUUCUGCUCCACGAAUUCCACCGCAACAAGUAUAUUUGUCCUGACAAGGAAUAUGGUAAAGGUCGCGCCAAACACACAGAAGAGAAUGAGGACGCCGAGGAAGGCGCCGAUACCAAAAAAAAGGACAAAUACAAGGGUGGUCUAGUGUUUGAGCCCGAAAAGGGGCUGUAUGACAAGUUCAUUCUGGUCAUGGACUUCAACAGUUUGUACCCCAGCAUUAUCCAGGAGUACAACAUCUGUUUCACCACAGUCGACCGAUCAGCCACUGCAGAAAAUGACCAUGAGGAGAAGGUCCCCGAGGUACCUGUGGAUCAAGCACAAGGUAUUCUGCCGAAACUUAUCUCCACGCUCGUCACGCGCCGUCGUGAAGUGAAGAAGCUGAUGAAGGAUAAACGAGCAACACCGGAGCAGAUCGCAUUGUGGGAUACCAAGCAAAUGGCGCUGAAGCUUACCGCCAACUCCAUGUAUGGUUGUUUGGGUUAUACUCAAUCACGAUUUUAUGCUCGGCCGCUCGCCAUGCUCACCACCUUCAAGGGCAGAGAAAUUCUGAGAAGCACAAAGGAACUUGCAGAAAGCAAUCAACUUCAGGUCAUUUACGGAGACACGGAUUCGGUCAUGAUCAACACGAAUGCAGACACCAUUGCUCAAGCUUUGAGUGUCGGCGUCGAGUUCAAGAAAUCUGUGAACGAGCGAUACAAACUGUUGGAAAUCGAUAUCGACAACGUUUUCCGACGCUUGUUGCUACAUGCGAAGAAGAAGUAUGCAGCUAUCAACAUGGCCGAAAUUGAUGGCAAAUAUGUUGAGAAGCUCGAAGUCAAAGGUCUUGACAUGAAACGACGAGAGUAUUGUGCUCUCUCCAAGGAUGCUUCUCAGAAAUUGUUGAACGAGAUACUCUCUGGGGACGACUCCGAGGUCGUCCUGGAAAAGGUCCAUGAGUAUCUCCGGGAACUGGCGAACAAGAUGAGAGAGAACACUAUCCCGGUGCAGAAAUAUGUCAUCUAUACUAAACUCGGCAAGAAUCCGACUGAAUAUCCAAACGCUGACUCCAUGCCUCAAGUUCAAGUGGCACUACGCGAGAUUGCUCGAGGCAAGGCUGUUCGAGUAAACGAUGUUAUGUCGUAUAUUGUCACCAUGGGCGACGAGCAGACAAAGGGGCAGCCAGCUCCCAAGCGAUCAUACACGCCACAAGAUGUUCAAAAGCCAGAUUCUGGGCUCGUUCCCGACGUGGAAUACUAUCUCUACAAGCAGAUCUUCCCACCCAUUGAGCGUUUGUGCGCCCCCAUUCCGGGUACAGAUUCUGUCAGAUUGGCAGAGUGUUUGGGUCUCGAUGUCCGCAAAUACCAGAUCAACACAUCAAGCGGCAACAAUCAGCAAAACACCGAGAUAUUCCCUCUUGAGUCACAAGUACCUGACAGUGUUCGUUUCCGGGAUGCUGCUCGUCUCAACCUUCGAUGCAGACAAUGUUCUCAUGUGACGGUGUAUGAAGGUCUUUGCGAUUCAACAGAUCUAUGUACGCCUGAUGGGAUCUUGUGCAGCAACGCUGAAUGCAAGACGCCCUUUCCCAGACUGUCGAUCGUAACCCAACUUGAAUCGCAGAUUCGAGUGCAGACUUGUGCCUAUUACGAGGGCUGGCUUGUUUGUGACGAUGAAUCAUGCGGCAAUCGCACUCGACAAAUUUCUGUCUACGGACACCGAUGCCUUGGCGCGAACGGUCGAGCAGAAGGAUGUCUGGGGCGCAUGUCUUACGAGUAUUCGGAGAAGAAGCUGUACAAUCAGCUCUUGUACUUUGCGGCGCUGUUUGAUGUUGAGAAGGCGAAGAACAAGGCUCGAGCCGAGAAAGAAUAUGCAGACAGGAAGGACCGGGUUGUCGUGCUGGCAGAGACGAACAGGGAGAGAUUCGAGGGUGUCAAGGCUUUUGUCGAUGGCUACCUGAGAAAAUGUGGGCGGCAAUGGGUUGAAAUGGACUCUCUGUUUGGGUUUGCCUUGAAAUGAUGGAAUGUCAGUCGUUGGAUACCUGUUCCUGAUAGUCCACUGAGGUAGACAUACAAGGAACUGAUCAUGUAUUCUCCUUCUCCUCAAUCUACAUCUCCAUUGCCCGCAUCGCAAAUUGUGGUUCGUUAUUAAGUGC